UGUCCAAUCACCGACCGUUCCUCAACACGACCCAGCCCACGGCGAGGAGAAAAAAUACGUUACAUCCACAGCUUUGUUGAUAGUCGAAAAUUUGACGAUUUUCAUUAGUAAAAGCUACAUAAGUUAUUCGCGGAGGAUUUUUACUCUUUGUGGGUUUAUGAAAGUGUUAUUACCUGUCAUCAUCACCAUCUCAGGAUCCAUGUCUUUUUUGCGUUGGGUGUCAGAGAAACUCAGUGUGGAAAGCCUGAGGGAUCUGGAGUUAUUUGGAGAGCAAACUCAGGCAAGCCCGCUAAGGAAAGCCCAUGAGGACAGUCGGGAGUCUCUGAACCCCCUCCCUCACAGGGACACCAUGGGAAGCUUUCUUCCAGACAGCAGUGCCUAUGAGCUGCGCAAUGUCAUAGGUAGAGGUCUGGAGUCCUUGAUGACAGUCAAUCUUGCCGUGUACAAACCCACAGGAGAGUAUGUAGCCAUCCGGCGCAUUGACCUCGAUUCAUGUGCCAAUGACAUGGUCAGUUACUUACAGGGAGAGCUCCGUGUGUCUAAGCUGUUCCACCACCCCUGUAUCCUCCCGUACAAGAGUGUCUUCAUAGCUGAGAAUGAACUGUGGGUCAUCACACCCUUCAUGGCCUAUGGAUCAGCACGAGAUUUGAUCAUUACACACUUUACUGAUGGCUUAAAUGAGCAGACGAUUGCAUACAUUCUGCUGGGUGUGCUGAGAGCUCUGGAGUACAUUCAUCAGAUGGGCUACGUUCACCGCAGUGUGAAGGCAAGCCACAUCCUGAUUUCAGCAGAUGGACAGAUGUUUCUGUCUGGUCUUAGGAGUAUCUUCAGCUUGAUCCGUCAUGGUCAGAGAGCUCGUGUUGUGCAUGAUUUCCCUCAGUACAGUGUUAAAGUUCUGCCGUGGCUCAGCCCUGAGGUUCUGCAGCAGAAUCUUCAGGGAUAUGACUUCCGCUCAGACAUUUACAGUUUGGGUAUCACUGCAUGUGAGUUAGCUAAUGGACAUGUGCCCUUUAAAGACAUGCCUGCUACACAGAUGUUGUUAGAGAAGCUGAACGGUACAGUCCCCUGCCUGCUGGACACCACCACCAUCCCGCCUGAAGAGCUGAGCAUGAAGCCGUCUCGCUCGGGGGCUGACUCUGGGAUCUGCGAGGGCCCCGGCGCUGGUGGAGCUCGACACACAAACGGGGAGCCCUCGUCCUCCUCUGGGGGAAACCCGUACAGCCGUACAUUCAGUUCUCACUUUCAUGCCUUUGUGGAACUGUGUCUACAGAGAGAUCCUGAGAAAAGACCCUCUGCCAGCUCUCUAAUAGGCCAUUCCUUCUUUAAACAGAUCAAGCGGAGACCAUCUGAAGCUCUUCCUGAGCUCCUACGUCCAGUUUCUCCAAUCAGCAGCCUCGACAGCAUGCAGCAUCAGGAUUCACCCACCGGACUGGCCAGUCUGGAGUCGGAUCUCAGCCAGCUGGAUGUGGACGACUGGGACUUUUGACACUGGGUGGAUGAGGCAUGAGGAGGUCGAUGAAUUGGAGGGAAAAGGUGAUUUUUUUUGUUUUGUUUUGUUUUUAAGUUGUGUAAGACUCUUAAUGAAAAAUGGGGGAAAUGUUUUUGUUUGCUUUUUUCAUUUUAAAGGAAGAAAAAGGGAAGGCCUGUAUUAUGUAUGAGUGUGAUAUUGACAUUGCAAAGAGCUUCAAAGAAGCUUAUAAGACACUCCAGAAUGCUUUCUUAUUGUCCUUUGUGAUUUGUGUACGUCACUAAAAGUACAAGGAAAACAUAAAAGGAGAAAUGAAAAGCCAGCAGCCACCACAGCCUUGCUAAUGCAUCGAGAAGCAUGAACUGAAGCCCGAGGCAAUGCACCGCACACCCCUCAAACAUUUCGGUUACUCUUACAGACUGGCCAUGUGAUGAAUGGCGAUCGUUUGAGGCUACCGACAUGUGUUCUGUCCAUUUCAACUCAACUAAUGACACUCUAUGAAUGUCUGCCAGGUCACAGCAACCGUUUUACAGUUCAGUUCUCAUGUCUCCAUGUAGACCUGUCCAACUAAGCGUAAAGAGCUCUUAGUAAGAGUCAACAUAAACACAGCAGCGUCCAGUUAAUGGACGGAUUGUGGGAGAGUUUCUUCAUCCCCCUUGCAUGAAAGGAAAUAUGCUGGAAGAGAACAUUUAAAUUUUGGCCUGCUUUCUUGGACAAUUAUUGGUUUAAAAUAUUACUUCUGUUGUAUUGUUUGCUGAGAUUAAGGUGUCUUUGGCAUGUGUUACAGAAGGAAGUACUUCAAUGGACCGUCUGUGUAUUUUCAGUAUAUUUACCUCCUGGUCAAAUGGAAUAAAUGUUGCAUCCGCACAAAUGUCA